ACGUGGUUGGGUGAAUACAUAAUUUGGUAAACAUAGAUGUAUUUUCUGUACUAAAAGCAAUGGGUUAAUCGUCUGAUCUUGUAGUUAGUCAAAAUGUCGAAAAGAAGUUACGAACGCGAAGAACAUAGAGGUUACGAUCGCGAAGAACAUAGAGGUUACGAUCGCGAAGAACAUCGAGGUUACAAACGAUACAGAGAAGACGAGUCGGAGGUUUUGCCGAAACUGUUUUACGUUUUUCUCGGAGAGGUCGUCUCUGUUCAACCAUAUGGAGCGUUCGUUAAAAUACCAGGAUUCCGCAAACAAGGUCUUGUUCACAAGUCUCAGAUGUCCCAGGCUCGAGUUGAUGACCCAUCUGAAAUGGUAGCCAAGGGAGAAAAAGUCCACUGUAAAGUUAUCAAUGUUGAGAUAGAGGGACAGAAGAUUGGUUUGUCCAUGAAGGUUGUAAAUCAGACGACAGGAAAAGAUUUGGAUCCCAAUAAUGUUCAGCACAGUAUGGAAGAGAGGAAGAAACAGAAAGGGUUCCGAAGUGAGCGACCUAAGAUAGAGCUUGGAGCCGAACUGAACACCACGUGUGCCCGGUGUGGAGGAAAAGGCCACUUUUCCCAGGACUGCUACUACGUGAAGGGAGAAAAACAAUACGAUCUCAUUCCCGACAUGGAGGAACUGCAGAGACAGCUUUCUCCACCGUCAUCGCCGAAAAAAAAGAAGAAGAAGAAAGAAAAGAAACACCGAAGUGAAAAGACAAAGAGACACCACUCAGGCCAUUUGUCCCAUGGUGAUGAAGAGAAAGAGAAGCACAAAAACCACGUGAGACCACAUAUGUUUUAAAAAAACACAGAAAACAUCAUAAAAAGGAAAGAAAGAGAAGUGCAAGCACCUCAUCCAGUGGCUGAAAAGUUGUGAUCAGGGCUUGACAUGAGAGUUAUUACAACCACUGACUGCUUUGUCAUUCCAUGAAGAGACAGGAGGUUUUAAAUAGUAUUAAUACUCAGAGCAGUUGUAGAAGUGAUGCUCUGAAUGUAUUGGAAGAAACGAACAUAAUCAUGAUUUGUUUUAGAAUUUGCAGGAGAUUCUCACAAUUUGUCAGAUAGUCUUUAAAAGACACUUGCAAAAUGUGCAGGAUAACUGAAAACAGAUUCAUGGUCUUAACAGGCACUGACUAAAUUUGCAGGAUAACUUCCAAGCAAAGUACCUGUAAUAUUUGAAAAGCUUCUGUAUGGUGAAAUAUCUUGAGCAAAUUUGUGUCAUAAGAUUGUGGUUUGCUUGGAAGCAAAUCAUUGUGUAAAUUCAAAAGUUUUUAUUUUUCUUUGCAGCUCAAAGCUGCUGACCUUGUUUUUAGACUGUACAAAACUGUACAAAAAAUAACUGAACAUCUUUGGUAAAAUUGAAACCAUAUCCAUUUAUUGUAUUCCUUGUUUCACACUACUAAAAAGGUUCAACCGUUGAAAGUACACUUUAAAGUAAAUUUUAACUAUCUCCUCCAAAAUUUAAAGUUAAUGUAUAUUUCAUUAAUUACAUAACAUGUUUCAGAUCUUAAAUGUAUACAACAUUAAACAAAAAACCAAAAAACCCUGCAAAAGCCCACACACCUCAAAACAACCCCACAAAACAAUGUUUUUACAAUUAUCAUAUAUCUUCUUUUUUCUGCCCACCAUCAGUGGGAAAGAAUACUUGUAGCCCUCUACAAAUGUUGAGGGAAUCUGUGGCAUAGGAACAAAUCCUUGGUAUUUGGACACAAUAAUACAUUUACAUCAAGUUGUGAACCACCAUCAUUAUGCACUUUCCUUCUCUUGGUUUUUGUUAGUGAAAUGAGUGCUGACUUCACAAAAACUGUUGUACCAUUGAAACACAUACAUGUGUCCUGGGCAUGUGCACUGACCCAGGUCAGAAUCCGUCCACUAUAGGUAUACUUGAUUAAAUCCUGCUCCAAUAAUGGACUUGCAUAAUUAACUUUUUGAAAAGGUUCCAAAGCUUUAAUACAGUUGCAAUCGGCCUUCAUCAUACGCAAUUUGUGUUCAGAAGUACAUAUACAUUUGUCCCAAUGUUAUGGUAACAAACUGGGUGAAAUUAAAUUAAUAUUUGUUGAAUAACAUUUCAACACAUUUUAAACUACACAGGGCUUCUAGAUUACCCCACUUCCAUGGCUAGUGAUAUUCAAUUUUGGGCUAAUAAAUAACUAGUUAUUUU